GAGGGCUGGGCGGCGGGAGCCGAGGCGCGGCGACGGCGGCGGCGGCGGCGCACAGCCUCGAGCGACGACCGAGCGGGACCCCGGCCCGCGCCGCGCCGCCGCAGUUGCAGGAAGGAUGUUCCCUUUGACAAUGAGAAUGUUCGUGCUGCUGCUGCUACCUCUGGGUCAGGCCGCCCCCAAGGAUGGCACCUUCAGGCUGGACCCUGACGUGCAGCUCCCGCCUCUGCCCAACCCCUUUCAGCCAGGCCAGGAGCAGCUUCGACUUCUGCAGAGCUUCCUGAAAGGACUCGAGAGGAUGGACGAGGAGCCGGAGCACAUGAGCCGGGAGCAGGUUCUCCUCUACCUCUUUGCCCUCCACGACUAUGACCAGAGUGGACAGCUGGAUGGCCUGGAGCUGUUGUCCAUGUUGACAGCAGCUCUGGCCCCUGGAGCCGCUGGCUCUCCCACCACCAACCCGGUGAUCCUGGUCGUGGACGAGGUGCUGGAGACCCAAGAUCUGAAUGGGGACGGGCUCAUGACCCCUGCAGAGCUUGUCAACUUCCCCGGAGAGGCCCCGAGGCAUGCAGAGCCCACAGAGGCCCUGGAACCACAAGAUGCAGGGGGGCAGCCUCUGUUGGCUAAAAGCCCAUCAAGACAAGAAGCACACGAAGCCCUGGGUCCCAGAGAAGACGGGGGACAGGUGGAGGCCAGAAGGGAGUCCUUGGAGCCUGUACAGGAGGCUGGGGGACAGGCAGAGGCUGAAAGAGGCCCAGGCCCUGGAGGGGAGUUUGGAGAGCAGGUAGAAGCCAGGGACACUGGGGAGGGAGCAGAAGAGCUUCUGGGGGAAACACUGGGGUCCCAGAACCCCCCACAUGGGUUUGAGGCUCAUGCUGUUCAGCUGGAGAACGAUGAGAUAUAAACCUCGAGGUUCCAGGUUUGCACCCCUCGGAGUCCUGGUGCCAGAACAUACGCCCCAAAGGGUGGGGUGUGUUAUGUUGGGAUGACAGCCGUCUUGUGCCCUCCCCCUGGCCCCAGUAGGUGGCAGGUCUUUCUGUGCAGCUCAGGGAAACGCAGAAUGAACCCACCCCCCUGGGCUGUGGAUCCACUGGUCCAGCCCCGGCCUCAGGCUGCAGAGGGUUGGGGAGUGGACAGGCCUCUCGGGAGGGCGGGAGGUCAGCUUUCGCGACGGCGGAGUGCAGCUCCAGGCCACAGCCGGCUGCAGACACCCCGGGAACAGAGCUCAGCCUUGCCCUGGGGCCCAGCCACCCCCGGUCCCCCCUGCCCAGUGUCAGACACCCAGUGUCCUCCUGCAGUUCAGGGCAGAGCUCCCCAGCACCCUGUAUCAACAAUGUUGAGAGCUUGGGACACACCGGGCCUCAGGCUGGGCACUUUAUACAUUGUGAGUUUUGUCUUCACAAUCAUUCUCUGACCGGGCAGAAUGAGCUCCAUCAAUUCAGCACUGUUCCCAAGGUGACACAGCUAAUUAAAUGGCAGAGCUGAA